AUCGACCAGUUUCAUCGUCCCGCCAGGAACGAAUUUUGCGACAUACAAUAAUUAUUGUCGUCUAACUGACGGCUACGCCUUUAUCUACAACAAUAUUCUAAUUUUUUUUUUUUUUUUGAAUAAAAAGAAACCCCUAUAUUAUUCUUCAAUGAGAAGUGAAAUUCCCCUGACAAUCGUCACAUAAAAUAUCUAAAGAAAUAAAUAAUUCAAAUCUGAAAUACGAGUCAAUAUUCUCAUAGAGGGAAAUUUUCGAGAAUUCUAAAAAAAAAAUAUUUUAGAAUCAAAAAUGAAAGAAAUUUAUAAUGAAAAUUCAUAAUAACCAAGGAAAAUAUUCGAAAAUGGUGAGAUUAAAAUUUCCAGAAUUUAGAGAGAAAAUAAAAAAUUCUCAAACUGUCUACCACAGGGACUAUUUUCAAUGGGGCGAAAAAGAUUUACUUUCGAGAAUAUCACUUAGUCAAUGCGAGUGAUUCUCAGAAUGAUCAUCAAAUGAAGAGACAGAUAAAAAAACUUGGGUGCCUAAAGAAAUGGCUCAUAGUGAUAAUUAUAUUCAUCUUAGGAUAUUUAAUUGCAAUUAAUAGUAUUUCAUUCCGACAGUUUCGACUCGAAUCGUACUUAAAUAAUUUAUCUCAAGGAACUGAUGUUGAAUCACGGCCUCAUUUAGUAGUAAUUAAUAAUUCUGGUUACCUAGUACAAAAGAAAGGAUGUCGAAUUCCAUCAAUGGAUCCUCAUGAUCCGGCAAUUAAGAAAUAUAUAGAAAUUGCUAAGCCUAUAAAAUGCAAUAAAGAAGAUUAUUUAUCGCUUAUAGAAUCAAACAAUACUGCAAUUUUUGUUAAUAAUGAAUCAAAAGAGCGUUUCUAUAAUGAGACUGAAAUCGCCGAUUGUUGUUGGCAGGCGUUUUGGCGAACCAAGAACGAGGAUAAUUCUUACACACAUGAAAUGCAGUGUCGUAAAUUUGAAAAUUCAGUGAACAUUUCGGAAGAAUUCAUUCAAGUCCAAUGCUCAAGAAAUAAUAAGACUAUUUAUAGAGACUUUCACGCAUUUCUGCCUCGAAAACCCGAUGUUGAGGCACGAAUUGAAAAGGCAAAAAAAUCCGAAAAACCUCAUCUCAGUCUAUUAAUUGUAGGAAUAGAUUCUGUCUCGAGACUCAAUUUUCAUCGUAUGAUGCCAAACGCGGUGAAAGCUCUUCGCGAUCUCGGCGCUGUGGAAAUGCUUGGUUACAAUAAAGUUGCGGAAAAUACUUAUCCAAACGUAAUACCAACACUGACAGGUCUCUCUAGUGAGGAGGUGCAAAAAACCUGUUGGAAAUCAGUGAAGAGUCCCUUCGAUCCUUGUCCAUUUAUAUGGAAGAAUUUCAGUUCAGCCGGUUAUCGUACAAUAUUCGGCGAAGACGCCUGUGACAUUUCGACAUUUAAUUACCUGAAACCAGGAUUUCGCUCUCAACCAACAGACUAUUAUCUCCGACCCUAUUGCAUCGCUGCCGAGAAGGAAAUUGGAAAUCACCACAAAGUUAAUACAAAUCUCUGUCUUGGGGCGAGAAAAAAUUUCCAAGUUCUUCUUCAGUAUUCAUAUAAAACAGCUCUUGAAUUUAAGAACGAUCCAUAUUUUGCAUUCUUCUGGCAAACGAGUCUCACUCACGACUAUCUGGAAAAUGCCCAAUUAGGCGAUGAAUCAUACAGUGAAUUUAUCAUAAAUCUAAAGAAAAAUAAUCUCCUCGAGAAUACGGCAUUAAUCAUAAUGAGUGAUCAUGGCUUAAGAUGGGGUUCAUUUCGUCAGACCUAUCAAGGACGAGUCGAGGACAGUCUACCAUUUGUUUUUCUCGUCAUACCCGAUUGGUGGAAGGAAAAAUUUCCCGGUCCCUGGGUGAAUUUACGAAGAAAUACCAAGAGUCUAACGACAGCUUACGAUUUACACGAAACAUUAAUGGAUCUCCUCAAUCCCCAACAAUUGAACGAAGAAACAAUGCGACAAAGAGGUAAAUAUGUUUUAAAAAAAGAAACAAGAGGUAUUAGUUGGUUUCUUCCGAUUCCCGAUUAUCGAACAUGUUCAAUGGCGGGAAUUCCCGAACAUUGGUGCAUGUGUCAUGGUAAUAAGAAUGUUUCUCUAAUUGAUCCAAAUGUACAGAGUAGCGCUAAAUUUAUAGUUGACGAAUUAAAUCGAAUGCUUGGUAAAUUUCCCCAGUGUGCUAAAUUGAAAUUAAAACGAUUGACUGAAGCGACAAUGUUGUCAAAAGAAGAGAAGAAAAUUAGUAAAAAGAAGAAGAAGAAAAAUGAAACAUCAGCGCCUUGGUUUGAUUUCACGAUAACAUUUGAAACGGAGCCGGGCAAUGCAAUUUUUGAAGGAUCCGUUAGAUAUAGAAAUAAGAGUGAAAAAAUAGAAUUAACCGGAACUAUCAGCAGAUUAAAUGCCUAUGGGAAGCAGAGUGCCUGCAUUGACGAUUUCAACAUGCGUUUAUACUGUUAUUGUAUUUAGAGACGCAUGUACAUAUCUAGGGAGAACACAUGUGAUAUUUUAUAGCAAUGGGAAUAAAAUUCAUUAUAUAUUGUUGAA